CGCCAUAGAAGCGGCCGGACGAGCUUUCAGCAGACACGAGCGCUCUUGGGUUUUACGUGCACGCGAGAUUAGGCAGCCAGCGGGUCAGAGUGAGGACUCCGAGAUAACAAGCGCAUCCUCGGCCGCCGGUCCUCUGUGAGUCGUCGAAGACCUCCGGGAAGAUGUCUGUGAUGAGUCCGUACCGAGAAACCAGGAGCUAACGGCUGCUAGAACCUCGACCACUGGAUGUUAAGUUUAAAAGUUCUCCUUCGGAAGGUUGUUCCUGAGCUGCGGGGAUAAGCCACCGAGAGGGACAGGUGUCCUCUCACGUCACCAGCCCGUCUCCCCUCUCCAUCCCCCGCUAGACUGUAGUACGACCGGGGCCGGGAGUUAUACUUUUUCUAGUAGUUCUUCUUUUCUUUUUGUACAAAGCUGGACUUUACUGAGCCAUGUUGUGGACAAGGUGGCUCGUCCUGCUGCUCUGCUGGGGGGCCACAAGCGGCGAGCAGCAGGCGGAUGAGAGGGACCGGGCCCCUGCUGAAGUCCAGGCGGACUCCCGCAGACAGCGGAGCCCCCCACCUGUGGAGCCGUUGGAUUUUGGGUUUGUACCGGCGGCGGUUUAUGAUACCCACGCUUACUACGAGCCAGGGCCCAUCGGGCUCCUCUUCCACAUGGUCCAUGCUUAUCUCUACGUUGUUCAACCGAACCCCUUUCCCAAAGAUAUGAUUGUUAAAGUUAUUCAACAAAACAUGGGGGGAAUCAAAGUAGAAGAAUGGAGAAAGCCAGAAAAUGUGGUCCUAUUACUACAGUGGAUCUACUACGAGGCCGGAUUCUUCAUUUGUGCGACCAUCGGUAUCACGUUCGUGGUCCUCACGCCCAUCAUAGGCAUGUGUUUCUGUGUGUGUCGAUGCUGUGAGAACUGUGGAGGGGAGAUGCACCAGAGACAGAGAAAGAACGUCGACUGUCAGAGAGGUUUCUUCACUGCCUCGCUCAUCGCCACCUCCAUCUUCAUGAUUCUGGGAGUACUGAUUGCCUAUGCUGCGAACCAUAAUAUCAGUGCCCAGAUAAAGAGCACUCGGCGGCUCAUUAACACCAAUAUGAGAGACCUGAAGACAUUUGCUAAUAACACACCUGCGCAAGUUGAAUACCUGACAGCCCAGUACACCACGGCAAAGAACAAAGUCCUGUCAGACCUCGACAACAUUGGACCUUUGCUGGGUGGGAGGAUCCACAGUCAGCUGGAGAAAGAGGUGGUUCCUUCCCUGGACACUGCACUGCGUAUGGCAGGAGCCAUGCGGGAGACCAAAGAGGCCCUGGAGAACGUCAGCUCUUCCUUGGAGGUUCUUCAGGAGGGCACGGGGAAACUUCAUGCGAGCCUGUCGGGGGAGCGCGCCUCUCUGUCCAACACCCUGUCAGACCCCGCCUGCACUAAUGGCGCUGUGUCUCACACCUGCAACACCAUCCGCUCCACACUGUCCCAGCUAGGAGUCAAUGCUGACUUCUCCAGGCUCCCUGAUCAUACCAUCAGUCAUGCCUUGGACAAUGUCAACACCGUCUUGAAAACAGACCUCAGCAACAUUGUACAAAAGGGUUACUCGUCCUUUAACGAUACACCAAGACUGGUUAAAGAACAAACUAAAAACAUUGUCACAGCUCUACCUCGAGUAAAAGGCAUGCUGGACAAGAUUGGCACAGAGAUUAACGACUUCUCCAAGAUGUUCCCAGUGGAAGCGUCUCUGGCCAAUUUCACCAUUUUCCUCAACCAAGGACAGAAAAACAUUGAGUCCUUUUACCCACAGAUUGACCAAAUGGAUUUCUACAGGUGGAUCGGCUGUGUGGCAGUGCUCUGCAUGGUCGUCCUUGUCCUGGCCUUCAACAUCCUUGGACUGCUGUGUGGCACCUGUGGCUACGACAAGCAAGCUACACCAACAACCCGAGGCUGCCUAUCAAACACCGGCGGCAACCUGCUAAUGGCUGGGGUGGGCUUUUCUUUUCUUUUUGCCUGGGUGCUGAUGGGCAUCGUGACCAUCUUGUUUGUUGUUGGUGGCAACGUGGAGAAGCUGGUGUGUGAACCGCUGGCUAACCGACAGCUAUUCAAGAUCAUAGACACACCAUUCCUGGUUCAUCCCGCCAAGAAGAACUUCCUUCCUGGGAUGCUGUUUCAGAAUCCGAACAUUGACUUGACUUUGGGAAGCAUGUACAGGGAGUGUUAUGAGAACAAUGGUCUGUACCAUGCUCUGCAACUGGAGACCAUGUUUAACAUCAACUCCUUCCUCAACAGAACUGUGUACAACAGGGAUCUGGGUAAAGUGUUUGAGAGUGUGCAGAUCGACCUGAAGGACAUUACACUGCUGGAGCAGGCUGGCAGAGACAACCUCAUCAACUUUGCCAACUCUGGAAUUGGACAGAUCGACUAUGAAGCCUACCUGGCUGAGGUAAAUAAGGGAGUCACUAUCGUGGAUCUCCUGUCGUUCUCUACUGACCUGGAGGCUCAAGCCGACCAACUGCCACGUGGGGCUCUAGAGAAUGCACUGAAAGGACACGCCAGCAGUAUCAGACAGAUUCACAGAGAACAGGUGGUUCCCGUGGAGCAAGCAAUGAGUACCCUGAGCCAGAGUAUCAAGCAACUGCAGAGGAUGUCCAGCGAGCUGCCGGUCAAGGUCACAAAUAUCCUGAGUGCCAUCGAUGCAGCAGAGUACCUCAUCACUCAUAACGCCUCCCACGUGGUGAAACAGGAAACAAAGGGCUACACACAGAGCUUGGUAGGAUACUUCAAACAGUACACAGAAUGGAUUAAAAGCUCACUGACUGCAGAGGUGGCCCAGUGUAAACCCAUCAGUAACAUUGUGGACAGCAUGGAGAUAGUAGGCUGCAGCUUCAUUGUCGAUUCAGUGAACACAUUCUGGUUUGGUCUGGGAGGCUGCUGCAUCUUUCUGGUUCCCAGUAUCAUCUUCUCCGUCAAACUGGCCAAGUAUUACAGAAGGAUGGACACAGAAGACGUCUUUGAAGAAUAUAGCUCUCCCUAUAACGACACUUUGACCCGGUUCCCUCGGGCCUCUGCUCCCCCGAGCUACUCCGACUGGUGACCCAAGGCAACGUUCUCCUCGUCGAUGAGCGGACAAGAGAACUGGAACUGAUAUUUCCCUCGUGGACCGCUGGACUUCUCCACCCUUCCCGUUCAUCUUGUAACAUUUCCAAGGACUAAAAAGUAACGACAACAAUCAGGAACUGUGUGGUGAGGGCGUCCCACCCCCCAGAACCCCUUCAAGCCAUUUGACAAGGACCUGUGAUGCCAGCCAACUGAAAUUUAUAAAGUGUUUUCUCAUACACGUCAGCAUCCAGUAGCAGCAGUAUCACAGCAGUCUUUCUAGUGUGUCAUGCAGUACAUUAUCAACUAUCAUGUUCCUGCAUAGCUAGUUUUACCUCUAGAGAAUACUUGUUUCUACUUACAUUGUCAGUUUUAACAUGGUGACACAAGUGUACAUUUUUUACACUUUCAAAACUUUUGAAAGUUUUAUAUAUUUUUGUUAAUGUUUGUUUUAUAAAAUGUAAGUAGUUUUUUUUAGUAGUAUUAGUUAUUUUCUUUGUGAAUAUUUAUAAUAAAGCUUGCAACAUUUUGGCUCAAAAGGUUGCAUCGACCAGGGAAUUGGGGAAUUUUAGUCCAACAUUUUGGGAAAUACACUUAUUUGCUUUCUUGCUGAGAGAAUAAUAAGAAGAUCCCACUUCUUUUGUUAAAUACCAGCAACCGGUUAGCUAGUUUUGCAUAAAGAAAAAGACAAGCAAAUCUCAUGACAAUCCAGGGGAUUACCAAAGACCACCUUUCCACUAGUACUGCUGAAAACCAUAAUUUGCGGUUUUACGGGGGAAUAUUGCUGUGUCAAAGUCAGAGAUCAGAAUUUUCCAGCUGAAAUUUCCAACGUUCCAGGCACACAACGCCAAAUGUAAACAAAAAACAUGGCUGACCAUGACAAGCUGAUGUUUCUUACAUACACAAUUGAACUCUUAUCAGUGCUGUUGCUGUCCCAUUUUCAGCAUGCGCUUUCAUCGGUACGUCAGACAACUGUUUCUUCAUAAAGUUGGGGUAGAUGGAUUUGCCCUGAGUUUACAGGUAGAAACUCCAACUUUCGUUCCGUUGUGCUUUUUUUAGUUUCCGAGUUAUCUGGAACGCAGCAUAUUUCUUGUCUGAACUUAUUAGAGUAAUUUUUGUACGGACUGAACAAACAAGAUAUUACAUCUUAAUUAGUGAGCUUUAGGGGUGCUAGUAUGUGGAUUUUAUUCCCUUUGUUCAGAGCCAGGCGAACGGUUCUCUUGUUUCCACACUUUGUGCUAAGCUAAGCUAACCAUCUCUAGGCUGUCGCUUCAUGGUUAGCAUAAAGACAUGAGUGUGCUAGUGAUCUUCUCAGCUAACUUUCAGCAACAAAGUGAAAAAAGGAAUUUCCUAAAAUGCCAAACUAUUCCUUUAAACACUGAAGAAGGAAACUGGCUGUUCAGUUUGGCUCCUGCUUGUCUAGAUUAUUAAAAUCUUUGAGACAUAAAAAGAUUAGUCAAGAAUUUAUCCUGGUCCAUUGCUACUACAAGAGGCAAAGUGUUACUAGCCUAUUCGACACACACAUAAAGAUACAUACACACAUACACACAUUCAUACACACCCUAACAAGGUUUUCAGACAGCUAAUGAACAAAAUAUGUGUGUCUUAGGCAUUUCUCGCCAGACCAUUAGUGAGGGCCUAGUUGCUUGUGUUUUUUUUCUUUCUUCGCCAUCCUGUGGUUUGAGAAGUGCAACUCCCAGAAGCCUCUAUGGUGUCAGAGGCCUGGUUGAGGAACACUCACAAAAACAUUUAAUAAUACAGCUGGGGGUUGUGGUGAGGGAGCAAAUCUGUGAAUAAAAAUGUCAGUCCAAUAA